CCCUCCCCCUCAGGCUCCGAGCCUCAGUCUCAUCUGUGUUUCUUUCCCCCUUUCCCUUCUCUCCGACUCUCUCCUCCCUUGUCUUCCCUGGCGGCGACGACUGGGCGAGCGGCGGCGCCAUUCGUCACGUCUUCGCCCAGCCCUUUUCCGGCGACGAGCCAUCCACCAGACAAAGGUGGACUACAAAAUUGAGUUUGAUGGAUCAUGGUAAUUCUAGAAGAAGUAACUCCAAAAAGAGGACGCAUUCCAGUUUUGAUGAUGGAAAGAGGAAACGGGUAAACUCCAGGCAUGAUGACACAUCUAUGUCCUCUGAACCAAUUGAAACCAUUUACAGGAUAUUGUGCCCGGUAAAAAAGAUAGGCAGUGUCUUGGGGAGAGGUGGUGACGUUGUUAAGACCCUUAGAGAGGAAACUAAAUCAAAGAUAAGGGUUGCUGAUUCCAUUCCUGGUGCAGAUGAGAGAGUAAUUAUCAUCUUCAACUACCAGAAUCAUUCUGAACAAGCUGAUGAAGCAGCUGAAAAUAUAUCUAGUGAUGGAUUAGGGAGCAUGAAGCCCCAUUGUUCUGCCCAAGAUGCCUUAUUGAAGAUACAUGAUAAGAUUGUGGCAGAUGAAUUUCAUAAUGGAGUUGCCGACAAAGAGUCUGAAAGUGCUGAUGAUGUGACUGCCCGAAUUUUGGUUCAAGGCAAUCAAGUUGGCUGCCUUCUAGGAAAAGGUGGCUCCAUCAUACAACAACUGCGAAAUGAUACUGGUGCAGGGAUCCGUGUCUUGCCAUCUGAAAACCUUCCCCUAUGUGCACUUAGAAGUGAUGAACUGGUGCAGAUAACUGGAGCACCUUCUCUUGUAAGAAAAGCUCUCUAUGAAAUAUCUACUCGUCUCCAUCAACAUCCUCGUAAAGAAAACCUACCUCUUGAGGAAAUAAUACAUGCAAGCACGCAAAGGAAACGCGAGUCUCCACCAGUACCACAUGGAAACCUGAUGUUUCCACACUUGCAUUUUGAUCAUCCACCACCUGUACCCCUGCUUGAUCCAUAUAGAGAUGGGCCAUUGCGAACUGUUGCUGAAACUGAGGAGUUUUCUGUCAGAAUUCUGUGUGCCUCUGAGCUCAUUGGUUCAGUUAUUGGGAAAAGCGGGGCUAAUGUCAAGCGGGUAGAGCAGCAGACUGGUGCUCGCAUUAAGGUUCAAGAAGUUGACAAAGAUGCUUCUGGAGAAAGGCUUAUUAUUGUUUCAUCUGAGGAGAUACCAGCUGAUCCAAUAUCCCCAACAAUUGAGGCACUCAUGUUGCUCCAUGAUAAAUUGAGUGUACUCUCUGAGAAACGCCAUGUGAGUACAAGGCUUGUUGUACCAUCAAGCAAAGUUGGCUGUAUUCUUGGGGAAGGUGGGAAGAUAAUUACUGAAAUGAGAAGGCGAACUGGGGCAGAAAUUCGAGUUUACUCAAAGGCAGAUAAACCAAAGUACUUGUCUUUUGAUGACGAGCUUGUGCAGGUUGCUGGGCCUCCAGCUAUUGCAAGAGGAGCCCUCACAGAGAUUGCUUCGAGACUUAGAACUAGGACUUUGAGAGAAACAAGUUCUGCCAAUAACCCUCCACCUGUCGCCCCUUUUCAUGGUCCUCCUGUUGAUUUGCCUAGCAGAGAAUUCACAGUCUAUGGAAGGCCCAGCAAUGAUCCACCAUAUGGAAGGCCUACCAUUGAUCCACAAUCCGGAAGACUUACCAAUGAUCCAUAUGGAAGGCCUGCCAUAGAUCCACCAUUUGGAAGACUGACCGACGAUUCACCAUAUGGAAGGCCUGCCAUUGUUCCACCAUUUGGAAGGCCUACCAUUGUUCCACCAUAUGGAAGGCCUGGCAACAAUGCACCAUAUGGACAACUUGCAAACAAUCCACCAUAUGGAAGACCUUCCAGUAAUGUACCAUAUGGAAGACUGAACGAAAGUGCACCUCGUGAUCCUUCCCAUUCAUAUCCUGUAGACUACUUUUCUAAAAGAGAAUAUCCCCAUGGAAGCCCUCCAUUUGUUAGUAAUGCCCCAUCAUCUACUUAUGAGAGAUAUGCAGCACCUGCUCGCGUUCCUACUAGAGAACUUCCCUCCUCUUUCAGUCCCGGUGCAGAUUAUAUGUCACAUCGUUCUUAUCGUGACCAUGUGCCUAUUGAUAGCUACUCUAGUAGGGGCACACAGCAAUUAGGCAUCACAAGAGAUGGAAAUUCGAAUGCUUACGACUAUACUGAGGCUGCUGGACAGAUGCAUGGACGUGAGGAUCAUCGAGGACAGACAAGUGUUGCUGGCAGGUACUUAAGCACUAUUGAACUGAGGGUUCCAAAUAGUUCCUUGGACUCUAUCGUUGGAGUUGGUGGGGUCAAUCUAGCAGAGAUCCGUCAGAUCUCCGGUGCAAAACUGAGGCUACUUGAAGGGCAUCCCGGUUCGUCCGAGUCAGUGGUGGAGAUCCAGGGCACGUUGGACCAAGCGAAAGCCGCGCAGAGCCUCCUUCAGGGCUUCAUUAGCGCGAACAGCCGGAGCACGCUGCAGCAACCCCAGCCUUCCCGCAUGCCACUUUACCCAAGCUGGGGCUAGUUUCUGGUCUCGUUGGCAGCAGAGGAAAGCAGAUUCCGCAGGGUUCGCCCUGUGGCUGGAGCUAUCUGUGGCUGCAGAUUAGCUGCCCACUGCCCUUCUUGAUUUCCCACUAGAUAGCUGCUACAUUGACUGUGCGAUCAAAGAUAACUUAGGUUAAUGUCUUAUGACAAUAAUAUAGUUUACCUCUCUGAUGGCGCGACUGGAACACGAGCCGUCUGAUCUAUGUUAGCUGUAUAUGGAUUCUGAAUGUUUGAACCCUGUUACGACGGCUGCUAUUUGAGGCCGAAUGAAACUGCACAUCUGGUUCUCUUGA